AUGCUGACGAUCAUACUCAUAACACUCUUUGUAAAUAUGGAGGCAGCACGCCGUCCUUCACAGAUGGGACAGUGGGCUACUACAACUUUCUUCACGACUUUAACCUAUGAGAGGAAUCAGGAAGGGCCAUACACCGAUGUUGCAAAAAAAGAGGUUCUACGUCAGGUAAGGAAAACUUUUAUCCCUGAUUGGGAAACUAUGUAUGAGAUGAAUGUCCGCAAUGUGCGUGGUAAAAUAGCAUUGGUUGUGAGGGUGAAAAAUGUGUCCUGUGAUGAGGUGAGAAACAUGGCAGAGGAAGCAAAGACGCAUCCCUUGGUAAAAUCCGUGACUGUGCAGUGUGGAAGCGGUCAGCUGGUUACUGCAACUAUCUUCACGGAUGUAUUCUAUGAGAAGGGUCAUGAUCGACAAUACAUGGAAGUUGCAAAAAAAGAGAUUCGAUAUCAGUUGAGGCGUAACAUUAAACCUUUCCUCAAACAAUUGUACAAGGUGAAUGUCCGCAAUGUGGGUGGUAAAUUUGCAGUGGUUGUGGAGAUGGAUGUGCCAGAUUGUAGAGUGGCGACAAUAAUGGCGAAGGAAGCAAAGAUAUCACAUCCCAUAAUAAAAUCCGCACGUGUGCAGUGUGGAAGCGGCCCCGCCAUAAACAUCUAG